AUGGUUUUAGAAUGCGAAACAAUCAAUAAAAUUGAAGCUGAUAAUUAUGUAAGAAUUAACCAAGGUAGGGAUUCUAUGCAAACAUCUCGUACUGGGAAACAAGUAUCUGAAAUGUCCUUUUUAGAUCGUUACUUUGGUCCCUUUCUUGAAACAAUGGAUAAUGAUCUUCAGACAAAAUCUUUCCAAGGAGUAGAAAAAAAGCAGCCAAUUCAACUAGAGGAUAGGUUACACUCGUUGAUGAUCAAUGAUGAUUAUGAGUAUCCUGAUAAGGAUGAUUUACGUGAUAUAAAUGGAACUAACACCUUAUACCGAGGUGGGGAAUUUGGUGGUAUUGCAACAUUUGCUCAUAUACCAUAUGCUAACUGUUAUGAUCCUGAAUUUUCGAAAAGAGAAAUAUGA